GAUAAGACUGUUUAAUGGAAUAAGUCACAUUUCAUACAUGUACACGUAUAAUAGAUCGCUGUACAAUGAAUGGAAUAGUUAAAUUAUCAUUAUUUGUCUUCUUUCAAAUUUACUUUUUUACAGUGUUCUGUAACUGUCCAAGUGGAUGGUCAAGGUAUGAUAAAUCAUGUUACCACAUCAGUAGAGAUUCAGCAUCGUGGGCCGAAGCUAUGAAAAUGUGUGAGAUACAUGGGAGUUUCCUUGCCAGCAUUGAAACGGAUGCCGAAGACCAGUACAUUAAAACCCUACUUGCAGCUCAACGACAUACUUCAGCCUACUGGUUAGGUGGAUCAGACUGGGAGGUCGAAGGUGAAUGGAAAUGGGAACCACAUGCAAUUACAUUUAAUUUCUCCGACUGGCAGAGAGGACAACCAAACAAUGGUGGAAAUAAUGAGCAUUGUUUAUCUGUUCAUAGAGUCCAUCAUUAUGAGUUUACAGAUGACAACUGUCACUAUUCACAACACUACUUGUGUGAAAAACCGGACACCAAUAGCACAGAAACAGAGGUUCUUGGAAAAUGAUAAAUUAAUACUAUAAAUUAUCAUUUCAA